AAUCAUAUGAACACAGACUGUGGACUCGCUGUAAACAUCUGAAGUUAGUCAUUAACGCAGUUUAAACACUGCACCGUCAUUUUUGCCCUGGUCCUUGUCUCCCGAAAUAAGGUUUUUUUUCCAGUUGGAGUCAUGGGGCAGUUGUUCUUCUGCAUUUCCGUCCUGGUUGCCCUGUGGUCUACGAGAGUCGUCGGCACGUCAGUGUUCUACAGCGGCUCGCAGGCCAACGCCGUCCUGAGGACCAAGCGGGCCAACAGCUUCCUGGAGGAGCUGAAGCCCGCAUCCCAGGAGCGCGAGUGCGUGGAGGAGGUGUGCGACUUCGAGGAGGCCUGCGAGAUCUUCCUGACCCGAGAGGCCACGCUGGAGUUCUGGACUGUGUACACGGACGGGAACCAGUGUGAGAAGAACCCCUGUGUGAACGGGACCUGCGUGGACCAGUUCCAGUCCUACGCCUGCAAGUGCAACCCGGGUUUUGAGGGCAGACACUGUGACCAAAUCAGCACAGUUUUUAACUGCACGGGGCAUAACGGGGACUGUGACCAAGUGUGCCGGGAGAGUGAGGACGGAAAAAGUCGCUUCUGCAGCUGUCUCUCUGGAUACCGUCUCCAAGACGACUCCAGAACCUGCAUCCCCGCAGAGGAGUACGCCUGUGGACAGCAGAUCGUGCCCCGGGUCACGGACGAGAAACCCAGGGUGGGGUUACAGCCCUGGAUGGUGGGGGGAGAGGUUGGGAAGAAGGGAGAGAGUCCCUGGCAGGCGCUGAUAAUGAAUGAGAAGGGGCAGUUCCACUGUGGGGGGGUGCUGAUAGACCAGUUCUGGGUCCUCACUGCGGCUCACUGUCUGGAGACCAGCAAGCGGUUCAGCGUAAGACUGGGAGACUACGAGCGCUUUAAAAAAGAGGGCACGGAGGUGACCAUACCCGUGGACGAGGCCAUCUCCCACCCCGACUACGACACGGUCACCGUGGACAACGACAUCGCCCUGCUGCGCCUGGAGCAGGCGGUGAGCUACACGCCGUACAUCGUGCCCGUGUGCCUGCCGGACCGGGGCCUGGCGGAGCAGGUGCUGCACCGGAACGGCACCCGGACCAUCGUGACGGGCUGGGGCAAGCAGGACGAGCUGAAGAAGCGGUUCACCUCGGCCCUCAGCUUCAUCGACAUCCCGCUGAUGGACCGCGCCCAGUGCGCCCGCUCCAUGGAGAACAACAUCACGCGCAACGUGCUGUGCGCCGGCCAGCUGGGCCGGCGGGAGGACGCCUGCGAGGGCGACAGCGGGGGGCCCAUGGUCACGCGCCACCGGGGCACCUGGUUCCUCAUCGGCCUGGUGUCCUGGGGCGAGGGGUGCGGCCGAAGAGACAAGGUGGGCAUCUACACCAAGGUCUCCAACUACCGGGAGUGGAUCGACAGCGUGCGCAAAGGGCACGCUCCAGCUGCUAAGCCCGCCCCCUCACACUAACCCCGCCCCUAAACUCCCCUCCUGACCCCGCCCCUAAUGUCCUGGCCCCCAGACCCCCACGCAGGGGGUAAAGGUAGCAGCCCAUCUAUGGUGCGAGUCUACAUUGCUUUGUAAAAUAAACUGACACUUUGAAAAAAAA